UUCAAAGUGAAUAGUUAGUGAAGUUAAUAGUCCCUUUGACAUUUGGUAGGAGGAACUGCUUUCAGUCUGUUUGUUUACUGGAAAGACAGCGCAACGUUGAUUUUGAAGGACAUGUUUCUGUCAACUGUUUUAACUAUAUUUGAGUCUUAGCUUAACAAAUGCAGCAGCUCUGAUGAGCAGUAUUUUGAUAAGGUGUCAUUAGUGUUGCUGUGGGAAAAAAAGCAGUUUUUUCCAAGAGGAUUUUUUUUUAAUCGGGUGAUAAUGCAGUCAAAGUUUUGAAAGUUAUUUUGAAGUUGGGUUCGUUCUUUUGUCAGUCGGAUGGGAAAUGGGCUCACCUGUGCUCACUGAGUGCACACUCUAACAGCACCACAGACUACGCUGAUGAGCCUUAAUUUCCUUUCACCAGUACAUUAACAGAUUGUGGCCCCCAUAGGUUCCAUUAUCUUCACAACGGCUGAGAUGGACAGCAUCCAUCGCGGAAACACCUACGCUCAAGCCUUCCAUUUGUGAGCAAAUCCGAUUCCCGUAGGACACCUUUCCGAGUAUGCGUUGCUCCUUUUGGUCGGUUUACCCUUUAUGAGGAAAGAGCUACGGUAUCUAAAGUCAUUAUAGGCCGGGACCUGCUGGGACCCUUUCAAAUGGAAGAGUACAUUAGCUCGACUGGGUUGAGAAUGGCUUAAGUGAUGUUUUCCAUUUUUAUGUUGCCAUUUGUGAUUCGGACGUCUACAUUGUCAGCCACUAAUUUUCACCCAUGAUUUUCUUGAGUGUUAAAACAGGUUACAAUUGUAAUCAAGGCAUUUCCAUAUGCAUGUUGUCCCGGAGAAAUACAAAUCAAAGUGAGUGAACAUUGUAAUAAAAACUGCAUCUAAACAGCUGUUUCCCAUUAAGGCUCUGCAGUAUGUGGCAUACUACGGCCUUGAUCCUGAUUGCAAUCUUUUGAUAUGAAUUUCAGGAUAUCAGUUGUUUUUUUUAAAAAGCAAAAAGCAAUAUGUAUUUCUCAUUGUUUUAUGAUUUGGCUUCUCUCCCUAACAUAGCAGACUAUUUCCCAGAAUUGUGUUACCCAUUAUCAGUGCUGAUACAGAGACACGGGAGUCACUCUGCAGACCAUCGAAAGACAGAACUAGGAGAAGCGGACUGAGGGAAGUGAGCCUCACCAGAUGCAGCGAGGGGUCUGCGGAUGGAGGAGUGAGGGAGUGGCAGGAGAAGGAAGGAAGGCUUGGUGGGGGGGGAGGGGGGAGCAGAGCGUACCAGCGUGCAGCAGCAGUGACCAGAGAAUCAGGUUUCUCAGACACAGUAGUGAGAGAGAGAGGGGAGGAGAGAGGAGGCUGAGCCAGAUUUCCCUUCAGACACUCCCAGGCUUUAAAGGCCCUGAGCUUAGCUAACAGUCCCUGGACUCUCCUUGUUUCUGGAUCUCAGCGUACAGGGCCAGUGUGACAUACACGGCUCCCUUAACCUUAUCCCGGGUCCUACCCACCCAUAUCUGAGGCCAGCUGUCUCCUUAAGAGUACGCACCUCUGGAGGUCGAACUCAUAAUAUCCCUGGUGAGAUCUGUACUUUUGGCAAAAGCAUCUGGAACAAGUUUCCGACAUCUGCUUCUUUUUAUCGGUGCAUUUCCAUUGGCAUGAUUCAAGAAUAGCGAUGGAUCCUGGAGGUUCACACAUCGAAGAUGACCCAGAUGUCAAGGUGAUGAUGGCAGGGUCGACUCUGAAAAAGGUCAAGUCCCGUUCGUGGAAGAAGCAGCGGCAUUUCCGCCUUCUGGAGGACGCCGUGACGAUCUGGUACAAGUCCAGAUGGGCAGGGAAAGGCCACUCCACUUUCUCAAUUAGCGACGUGGAGGCUGUGCGCGAGGGCCACCAGUCAGAGGUCCUGCAGAGCACCGCUGAGGAGUUCCCCGCUGAGCUCUGCUUCACCUUGGUCUUUCACGGUCGCCAAGGCAACCUGGACCUUGUGGCCAAGACGCCCGAGGAAGCCAAAGCCUGGAUCGAGGGAGUGCGCAAGCUGAUUCGCAAGGCUCAAACGAUGGAUGAGAAGGAGAGGCAGGACCAGUGGGUCCGUGACUGGUUUCUGAAAGCUGACAAAAACAAAGAUGGGAAGAUGAAUUUCAAAGAGGUGCAGACACUGCUGAAGAUGAUGAACGUGGAAAUGAAUGAGGACCAUGCUUUGCAUCUGUUCACGAGGGCUGACAAGUCUGAGAGUGGCUCUUUGGAAAUCGAGCAGUUUGUCCAUUUCUAUAAGAUGCUGACCCAGAGGGAUGAAGUGUGGAAGGUGUUCCAGGACUACUCUGGAGAUGGAGAGAAUUUACUGUUGGAGGAGCUGGAGACCUUCCUGAGCAUGGAGCAGCACGAGGGAGGGCAGAGUUACCAGCUCGCCAAGAUGCUGAUCGACCGCUACGAACCAUCUGAAUCAGCCAAGCGGCAAGACAUCAUGUCGUUAGAUGGCUUCCAGAGCUACCUGUGCUCACAGGAGGGCUCCAUAUUUAAACCUAAGCAUCUGGAUCUUCACCAGGACAUGAGCCAGCCACUUAGCCACUACUUCAUCUCCUCCUCACACAACACCUACCUCCUGGAGGACCAGCUGCUAGGACAGAGCAGCCUGGAGGCAUACAUCAAGGCCCUGAAGAGAGGCUGCCGUUGUGUAGAGGUGGACUGCUGGGACGGCAGUGAUGGUGAACCCAUUGUGUACCAUGGUCACACUUUUACUUCCAAGAUUCUUUUUAGAGAUGUAAUUUCAACUCUGAAGGAAUACGCCUUCAAGGCAUCGGACUUCCCAGUCAUUCUGUCUAUUGAGAAUCACUGUGGUGUGGAGCAGCAGACAGUCAUGGCCCAGCACCUUAGCAAAAUCCUGGGUGACACACUACUGACCACCCUUCUGGAUGGGCAGGUCCCUCAACAGCUUCCUUCUCCACAGGAAUUGAAAGGCAAGAUUUUGCUGAAAGCCAAGAAGCUUAACAAUCCAGAAGACUGUCUCGAUGAAACCCAGACAGAUGAAGUAAGCGACGAAGAAGCAGAAGAUGCAGAGAGCCCGUCUACAGGGAACCCACCUGCUAGGAAGAAGUCCAAACUGUCCAAGGAGCUGUCGGACUUGGUGGUUUACUGCAAGAGUGUGCACUUCCGUGACUUUGAGCAUGCUCGUUCAAACGCCAAAUGCUAUGAGAUAUCCUCGUUCUCUGAGAACAAGGCCCAGGCGCGUGCUAAGGACGAAGGAACAGAUUUUGUGCGGUACAACACUCGGCAGCUGAGCAGGAUCUACCCCGAUGGCCUCAGGACCAAUUCUUCUAACUACAACCCCCAGGAGAUGUGGAAUGUGGGCUGCCAGAUAGUGGCUCUGAACUUCCAGACAGCUGGUCUGGAAAUGGACCUGAAUGAUGGGCUGUUCAGGCAGAACGGCUGCUGCGGCUACGUCCUCAAGCCUGACUUCAUGAGAGACAGUAACACUCAGUUCAGUCCAGACAAACCCGAGGAGCGGCAAGGCUACAAACCCCUCCGCUUAUCCAUACAGGUGAUAAGUGGGCAGCAGCUACCAAAGGUGAAUCAGAAAGAGGGCUCUAUUGUAGACCCCCUGGUCAGAGUGCAGAUCUUUGGAGUGCCAGGGGACCAGGGCGUGAAAGAGACCCCUUACAUUAACAACAACGGUUUUAACCCAGUGUGGAAUGAAACUUUACAUUUUGACAUCCACACCCCCGAGUUGGCCCUGGUUCGCUUUGAGGUGGAGGACCACGAUAGGGCGUCCAGGAACGACUUCAUUGGACAGUUCACUCUUCCGUUUACGUGCAUCCAAGCAGGAUAUCGUCACAUACAUCUCCUCUCCAAAGAUGGAAUAGCUAUCCCUCCCGCCUCCCUCUUUGUCAACAUCAGCAUCUCAGAGCUCACAUGAAGAAGUCAUAUCUGAGGAUAUGAAGCCAGAGGCGCUCCUGUGUCUUUAUUGGGCUGAUGAAGGAUGCGUACAUGAUGCACCAAUACUUUUAUCAGAUAUUGGGCAUUUGCCUGACUAAAGACAA